ACAAACCGGAGGAGACGCCAUGUUGGUCGCCCAGCAACCAGAGCUCCUAUAGUCGCUAAUGUUAGAUCAACAACUGUUAUCAUCGCCAAGUCAACUGCACCAGCAGCAAAAGCACAAGAUACGGCCUACCCUAUGCAAUCCAAACCCCAAUAUUCAAACCAGGCCCCCCCUCAGAAUAUGUAUCCGCCUCAAUCAGCAGCCCCCUACACCACUGGACAGCAACAACCCCCAGCCCCCUACACCACUGGACAGCAACCCCCAGCCCCCUACACCACUGGACAGCAACAACCCCCAGCCCCCUACACCACUGGACAGCAACCCCCAGCCCCCUACACCACUGGACAGCAACAACCCCCAGCCCCCUACACCACUGGACAGCAACCCCCAGCCCCCUACACCACUGGACAGCAACCCCCAGCCCCCUACACCACUGGACAGCAACAACCCCCAGCCCCCUACUCCACUGGACAGCAACCCCCAGCCCCCUACUCUACUGGACAGCAACCCGCUGCUCUGUACCCUGCGUACCCCACUGGACAACCACCCCCUGCUCCGUACUUGUCUGCAUGGGGAGGAGCCCCUCCAGCAUCCAGGAUGAUUAUGGGGACCUACUAUGCAUGCAGUACAUGUAUUAACUGAAAGUAGUAAACUUUUAAUAAGAGACAUUGCAAAUUGCAAUUGACUGUAUAUAGCUGUUAGUGAUAUAGCAAACUUCUAUU